GAAGUGGUAUUGUAGUGUCUCUCUUCAGCAAAACAAAGAUGGCUGGGAACCUCACGUGUUUCUAUCUUGGCAAGUGGCAGCACAAAGAAAUUACAAAAAAUCAUAUAAAAUAAAACUAUAACUCUGCAUCUGAUGCAGAUGCAAAUGCAAAUUUAACAAAAAUCUGAGAAAAGAUAAGUGCGUUCGCCAUAAGAAUCACUAAUGAUAAGCUGUAUACACUAUGAAAUUCCACUACUCAUGACAUCACCCAUCCACCUCUCGUCCCUAUAAAUCCGAAAGUAAAAACGCACCCAAAGCAGGCAUUCUACUAAUCCUCCAUUAGAAACAAAGUUGCAAGGUGGCUCUAAGCAGAGGAGGAGAAGAACAAUCUUCUUCCAGAAAAUCCCAAACCAGAGGUUGAUGGUGGUGGUGAGCGAAGAGAAGCGCAAAGGACCAUGGACGGAGCAGGAAGACCUGCAACUGGUAUGCUUUGUGAGCUUGUUCGGUGAACGUCGUUGGGAUUUCAUAGCAAAGGUGUCAGGUUUGAGUGGUGGCGGGGGCUACUACGUAGGUUUCAGGUUGCGGUGGUUUAAUUACCUUCAACCUGGCCUCAAGCAUGGCCGCAUGACGCCACAGGAAGAAAGUCUCAUUGUUGAGCUCCACUCUGAAUGGGGCAAUAGGUGGUCUCGAAUAGCUCGACGGCUUCCGGGUCGAACUGAUAAUGAGAUUAAAAAUUACUGGAGAACACACAUGAGAAAGAUGGCACAGGAGAGGAAGACAAAAUCUUCUCCCUCAGCUUCAACAAUUUCAAAUUGUGUUUCUUCUCACAGCGAGCCUUUGAUGGCAGAAACCGGACCCAGAGAAGAUGAAGAUGCUGCUAAAGUGUGUCCUAUGGAACAGAUAUGGAAUGAUAUUGCCUCCUUGGAGGCCAGCGAUGACUCGAGCUUAAACCGGUGCACGGAUGAGCUCUGCAACUUCUCAUGUGAUAAUCCUCAGGUGAUGACCUCUCCUGUCCGGGAGUACUUUGUUGAUGAUCUAUGGAUGAUUGAUGACAAUGAGUUCAGCAACGUUGUGACAACGAAUGAUUUCUUGUUUUUAAAGUAUUGAAUCUCCCCUCCUUUGGUUCUGUUCAUAUAAGUGAAAUUCUAUUAGCAAAUUAGGAAACUA